CAAGCCCGUCGACAUCGGCAUCAUGUCGUACUUUAUUCCACCCGUCAACUAUGGCAUGAUUGAGGAAGACCUGUAUCGAAGCGGUAUCCCGAACGAACUCAACUUCCCCUUCCUGGAGCGCCUCAACUUGCGCAAGAUCGUCUACUUGGCGCCGGAAGAGCCAAACGCGCAGCUGCUGAGUUUUGUGGAAGAGCAAGAGAUCGAGCUGAUUGUCCUGGGGGGCAACACCAAACUCGAGAACCGACGAAAGGCAUGGGAACCCAUGAGCGAAGAAACCGUGCUUGCGGCACUAGACAUCGUGCUGGAUCGUGGCAACUACCCGCUCUUCCUCACAUGCCACCUCGGGCGAGACCGCACCGGCGCCGUAGUGGGCUGCCUGCGGAAAAUCCAGCAAUGGCACCUCAGUUCCAUCUUUGAAGAGUACCGUCGAUUCGCUGGGUCAAAGGUGCGGCUACAGAACGAGCAGUUCAUCGAAUUGUUCGACACCGACUUGGUCACAAUCCCUGCCAACCCGCCAAACUGGAUCAAAACCCACAUGUACAACCCAUAGACAGCUCGACCGAAUGUUAUGUGUGCAUAGCUGCGACGUUCAUAUCCUUCUCUCCCUUAAUAACAACAACAACGCAGUAAUACGCACGCUUAUAGCA